AUGGAAAAGAACCUGAAGAAUGACAUUAAUCUAGUUAGUGAGAAUAACGUACAACGGGGCUUCAAUGGAGAUUCUCCUGACAAAGCAAGAGAAGGAAAAGAAGAGCAGAGAGAAAUCAUCAUAGCUCACACUGAAGCUUUACAUCAAAUUGCCAAAGAGAUUUCAGAGCUGAAAACUAACCUUCACCAAAAGUCAGAGCAUUUCCGAAAUCUAAGCACAGCAACGGAACAAAAGCUCGGGGAGGUUGGCCUUCAGAUUAACACCUCAGCCUUAGCAAUGGAAGUUUUUCGGAGGCUGAUAGAAGAUAUUCAGAUCUCGUUUAGGUUUCUGAAUUUGACAUUAGCUGAUGUUCAGUCUGCUGCAGAAGACAGGAACAAUAAAUACACAGGAGUGUUCCUUAAACAGCGAGAGGAUAUCACAAACCUGUGGGAUUAUUGGUACAACACAUCAGCAACCAUUGUUACCAUAAAACAACACCAAAGCAAUCUGGAGCAGAAAAUUAAAGGCGAAGUGAAACUUUUGAAUAAUGUCACAAAUGACCUCAGAUUAAAAGACUGGGAGCACUCAGUAGAAUUAAGGAAUAUUACAUUAGUGCAAGGUCCUCCUGGGCCCAAAGGAGAGAGAGGUGCUAAAAGUGUCAGAGGAGAUCAAGAUUUUCCUGGAGCCAAAGGGGAGAUUGGACGACAAGGUCAGCCUGGAAAUCCUGGACAAAAAGGAUCAAAGGGAAUUCCAGCUCCAGCUUCUAGGAUUCAACUUGUAGGAGGACAAGUUCCUAAUGAGGGUAGAGUGGAGAUUUUUCAUGCUGGAGAAUGGGGUACUAUCUGUGAUGACCACUGGGAUAUUCAUGAUGGAACAGUGGUCUGUAAGAGUCUGGGGUAUGCAGCAGCAUCUGGAAUUCAUAGUGGCACCUAUUUUGGACAAGGUACUGGUCGAAUAUGGAUGGAUGAGGUUCUUUGUUUUGGCUAUGAAACCUCUGUUGAGAAUUGUAUGUUUAAAGGCUGGGGUGUGGCAGAUUGUAAACAUAAUGAAGAUGCUGGUGUCACUUGUAAAGUUUAA